AUGAUCGGGAGCCAGGCUAUAUGUCUGAUUUCUUUAAGUCGUUCAACAAGAUCCUGGGACAACGUCAACGGGCUACUAUGGCAUAUAGACCCCAAACAAUGGAUCGCGGAACGUAUGGUCCAGACAACUACCAGUGCUCUUAAGAUGUACGUGGAAGAUCUGGAUCAACGAGAUUGGGAUGAGUAUGCUGAACGACUCACCUUCGCGAUCAAUACCGCAAGGGAUCGGAUCCGAGGCGAAACAUCUUUCUAUAUGAUACAUGGCUGGGAUCCUAGAUCCACCCUGGAAGCUGUGAUCCCGGUGGGAAGCACUCGCAAGCACGCUCGAGAUCCGAGAAGGUGGCGAUAUUGGAUGCAGAAGUAUUAUCAGCAGGCCAGGGAACAGGUGAACCAACGCCUACGAGAAGCGAUCGCGGAUCGGGCCGAUACGCAUAAUGAUCUAGCACGACCGCAUCCUGUAGAGUCUGGAUCAAGGGUCUGGCUAUACUUAGAUCGAGUACGUGAAGGUUAUGUAAAAAAUCUGUCACACUUAUGGCAUGGCCCAUUCCGCGUUGCCGAGAAGAUCGGAGAGUACGCUGUGAGAACUGGCAAGAGGACGAGAUAUGGCCGGAUCUACCGAGGAUUCCUGGUACAUUGGCGUGGAUAUGGAGAUCCGCCCUGGAUCGACGAGGCAGAUCUCAACUGCGGUGCUCUUCUGUAUGAGUUUUUGCGAGAUCGCGCUAAUCGCAAUCGUUUCGGCGUGAUGCAAUCUCACGAGGAGCCGUGA